GCCGCCAGGUGCCUGUCCCGCCGCGGGUUCCCCUGUUUCACCUUCGGUUUUCAACAUGUCUCAAAAAGGUAGACAGGUGGUGGUCAUACCACCAGAGCUUCCGGAAAUUCUGAGACAGUUUACUAAGGAUGCCAUCCGAACCCAGCCAGAAGACCUGCUGAAAUGGUCCACAGAUUCUCCUGUCUGUACCAGGUACUUUGGUGCUUUAGCCCAGGGCAAGGUGUUACCGGUGAGGGAACCAACACCACAGAUGGCCAAUCCCGGCAUGGACCUCACACCUGAGAUUCUUAGCGCUAUGCAUUUCAAGAUGCACAAGCAAGAUAUGAUCAGUAAGCAGGAGCUGGAGUGUAUGUGGCGAGGGUAUGGAUUGGCAGAGGAUCUCCUCAAACAUAUCAUGAAUGUAGGCUGUUUCUGUGAUGAGCUGGUCUGGAUCAAGUUCUUUGCCCUUGGCUGCAGCUACCUUGGAGGGACGUUAAAGAAUGCCAUGACCCAUGCGCUGUACAUCCUGAAUGCUGACAGCACAUGUAAGCCACCAGAUGCCUGCAUCCCCUUUGAGACAUUCCGCUCCAUGUAUUUGUACCUUGCGGCUGUGGAUGGGGAAGUGUCACAGUCCCAGGUCGACCGUGCCCUAACCUACCUGGAGACACAGGCGAAGACAAGGAAUGGAAUUGUGAAAGUAUCAGACUUUAUCAACAGUCAUAAAGUGCGUCUGGGUUGAGCUCAGCAAGCACCUGUAUAUACAUGAUUAUUCCUAUCAGCUGUUCAAUAAAG